AAGGUAUGUUAAGUUUUCUUACAAAAAUUAAGUAAGCAAUAGAUUUUACUGUUUCUCAAUGUCCGAUGUGUGCUAAUUGAAAGCGAAUGUCUCCUUCGGCAGCAGCUCUUUCCAUACAUAUUCUAACUUCUGGUAUUUGGCAUUUUUUGUAGAAUGUAAUGCAGAUCCCCCUCCCCAAUUCUCCAGAAUAUCCCGAUUUCAUCUGCCCUCGGCAUUAUUAGUUCCAGUUCCAGUGCACUCUAAGUUUUCGAUCUUCACGAUACCUGCAUAAUUUUUUCGCUAAAUGUGUGCCGAUUAGCGUCAUUGUGGAUUACUCUUACUACAUAGUGCUAACGCUGUUCCGCGUCCGCCCAUCAUUUCGGUUACAGAUUGUCUCGGGGCCGAACUUGUCGAACUUCAACUUGGAGAUCCUUAGCUUCGACGAGUCACAUCCACAUCCUCUUGUGUGCUCGAAUAUCAUAUGAAGUUAUGUGGCGUGGUUAAUUUUUUAGCGCCUUAGGUCACCAUCUGCCUUCCUUACAUUGCAAAUUACCUUUAGAAAAUGUUUAGUCAGUUUCGAUCAGCAAUCAGACUUGUUCCCAUUGCUACCAGACUGAGUGGUGUUAGUUGUGUGUGUGCACCGACUCCCCAAUUAGCCAGUGUCAGGACUUGUUCGAGAGAUAGUGUGCUGCAAACUCAGAAGGAGUUUAUACCUGAUGAAAUAACAAAGGAGAAUCAAUUCCGUGAUAGAAUAGUAUCCAAAGUCAAUUAUCAAAUUCAACAACAGUCACACGGAAGGUUGUUCGCCAUUGUCCUGCUUGCUGGUAAACAGUUCAAAAUUACAGAUGAAGACUUACUUGUCAUCGAAGGGUAUUGGCAGCCUACAGUUGGAGACAAAUUGAAAUUAGAGAAAGUUUUGUUGGUAGGUGGACAUGACUUCACAUUACUCGGAACACCAGUUCUAUCCCGAGAUUUAGUAUCUGUUACUGCCACCGUUGUUGAAAAAAAAUUGGGUGUCACCAAGACAAGAUUUCGCAAACAGCCCCGGAAGCAGUAUGAACGGACACGAUUUGUUAGGAAAGAAGAGACAAUGCUUAGAAUCAACAGAGUAGAAACUAUUGGUUUGGUGGGAGAUGACGCAGACAUAACUAGUGCUCCAAGAAGUCUGUGAAUUCUGGAUUAUAGCUAACUUUUAUUUUCGAGCUUACCCUUAAAUAUUAAUUACCUUGAUACAACGGUUUGAUUUUAUAUGCUUAGCAGUUCUUUUUAUAUUGGUGAAUUAUAAUUCAAAGUAAACCACUUUUGUCUGUUAUCA